AUGCGACCUGCACCAAUUACCCGUGUGGCUGGCCGAAUUGGUCCGAGGCUUACGUCCAGAAAUGGAGGCGCCCGCCUAUGUUUGACCAUGCUUCAUCCUCCCAAAUUCGAGAAUGAGAAGAUGUUGCAUUACGCCAAAGGCUCACCUGAGAGGGCCGAAUUGACCAAGGCCAUCCAAAAGUUGAAGAGCGAGUUCCCUGUUACCAUUCCUAUUAAGAUCAACGGCGCCGAGAGUGAGACAAAGCAGUCCCGAGUCCAGAUUAACCCUUCCAGACACCGCGAGAUUGUUGCAAACUAUGCAUCGGCAACACCAGAUCAAGUAAACGCAUCAAUAGAUGCUGCCCUAAAGGCUAAACCUGCCUGGGAGGCUACCCCUUUCGAGGAUCGUGCCGCUAUUUUCCUUCGUGCUAGCGAGCUCGUCACUGGAAAAUUUCGUGCUGAGAUCGUUGCGGCAACAAUGUUGGGACAGGGUAAAAAUAUUUGGCAAGCAGAGAUUGAUGCCCCAGCCGAAACGGCUGAUUUCUUCCGCCAUUACGUCCAAGAGGCCUGGGCUCUCUACUCCCAGCAGCCCCGAGUCCAACUGCACGGAAACUGGAAUAAGAUGGAGUACCGCCCUCUGGAAGGGUUUACAUAUGCAAUCGCACCUUUUAAUUUCACUGCACUGGGCGCUACACUCGUUGGACCAGCGGCGCUGCUGGGCAAUGUUGUCAUCUGGAAGCCCUCAGACUCGGCCCUGCAUGCUAGCUGGUUGCUUCAUAAGAUUCUACUGGAAGCUGGUCUGCCCAAGGAUGUCAUACAAUUUUUACCUGGUGACGCCGAGGAAGUGACCAAUACUAUCCUGAAGAGACCCGAGUUCGGCGCUCUUACUUUCAUUGGAUCUACCGCCACAUUCAAGGGCCUCCAAAAGAAGAUCGGCGAUGGCAUUGGCAAGGGUAUCUACAACUCCUAUCCUCGCGUGGUUGGUGAAACAGGCGGCAAGAACUGGGGUGUUGUGCAUCCCUCUGCAGACGUCAGGAGUGCUGCUUUGAACACUAUACGGGCAGCCUUCGAAUAUCAAGGUCAAAAAUGUUCUGCCAACUCACGUGUUUACGUGGCAGAGUCUGUAUGGCCUGAGUUCCAGAAGAUUCUUGCUGAGGAGACUGCGGCCCUGAAGGUUGGAACGGUUGAGGACUAUGGAAACUUCGUCAACCCUGUGAUCCACGAAAGUUCUUUCAAUAAGCUGAAUAAGUUCAUCGAGGAUGCCAAGACGGACUCGGAGCUAGAGCUCAUUGUAGGCGGCAAUGCCUCCAAGGAGGAGGGCUUCUACGUGCAUCCGACUAUCUACCGCACAUCCGAUCCCCGCCACGAGAUCAUGUCUACCGAAUUGUUUGGUCCCAUCCUUGGUGUCUAUGUCUACCCCGAUGCGGAAUGGGAGCAGACUCUCAAGCUGAUAGAUACCACGUCCCGCUACGGUCUUACCGGAAGUAUCUUUGCAAAGGAUCCCUAUGCUAGUCGUCAGGCACAGACCAUCCUGAGGCAUGCUGCUGGUAUGCUUUACUUGAACACCAAAUGCACUGGAGCCACCGUGGCACAGCAGCCCUUCGGGGGUAGCCGUGAUUCGGGCACAAAUGACAAGACUGGCACUAUGGCUCAUCUUCAACGUUUUGUGAGCACUCGCACAAUUAAAGAGGAGUUUGUGCCUCUGGAGCAGGUCGAGUAUCCCUCCAAUGAGGUUUAA